AUGAGAGAAUGUUUGAUGUUUGGACUUGACCUAGAAUCCCGUUACUUAGCAAACGUUGUAGCUGAAGAAGAAACGGUACAAUUGCUAGUGGGAACGCAUAAUAUAAAAAUGGACAACCAGAUUUGUCGUUUAUCUCUCGACGCAGAAUAUUCACGUAUUUCGUCUCUGUCGUUCCCACAUCCUGUCGGUGAGGUUCGAGGUCUUGCUGCAUCGCCCAUCAAUGCAAAUAUUGUUGCAUCGGCUGUGGCCAACUUUCACGGCUCGUCUGCAACUUAUGGUGCGUACCUAUGGGAAUUGGAUAGCACUAAAGGUGUAAUGGAAGAGAAGGACUUUGUAUCUGUUGAGCAGUGCCCUUUAAGCUACGAAUGGGAUCAACAAAGUGGACAUGCCUCUUGUCUUUUCCAGUCUUCGGUACUCAUUUUUCACUGUGAUGAAGGGUUAAAAGUAAGCCAAAACAGAAUCUUGAGCUGUAAGACAUAUGCACAAGCCUGGAAUCCUCAUAGCUCUGGAAAUCUGAUAGGUUUGACAACGGAUAAGGAUAUCAUCUGCCAUGAUCUACGAGCAGAAGGAGAAUCGAUGCGAAUUAAGGAUGCCCAUAUGCAUCGCGUUCUACAUUUGGACUUCAAUCCUAAUCUUCAGCACGUAGUUGCGUCAUGUGGAGAUGAAGGAGCAGUUCGAUUAUGGGACUGGCGCCAUCCUUCUGUUUCGUUAAUGACAGCAACUCCGCAUACUCACUGGGCUUGGCAAGUUCGAUUCCAUCCAGUUCACGAUCAGCUCAUUCUAUCAGCAGGAAGUGAUGCUACUGUAGUUUUGUCAUGUAUGCUCUCGGCAAGCAGUGAAAUUGACGACCUAAACUUAGAUGGAACCACAGAGGAGAGCUUUGAGAAACUCGAAGAUGGCCAACUGGAAAGGAUAGAGGAACAUGAAGAAUCCAUAUAUGCAUGCGUAUGGGCUACAGCCGACCCUUGGACAUUUGCUUCAUUGUCCUAUGAUGGACGCGUAGUUGUUUCAAGAGUUAGCAGGAAACAUAAAUACGCCCUCAUGAAACUAUGA